CCAUAAAACAGUUUCCUGUCCCCGGUGCCUACUGAGAGCUUGCCAACCUCACAGUUGGUGUGAGAAUUGCACCCACACGAGUUGCAAACACACUGUAGCUGGUGGCACAGCAUUUUUGCCGGGAGUGCAGCUCUUUGUCACAACUGUAGCAGAUAGCAUCGGCCUCGAAUCCUCCAAAUUUGGUUCCGAUAUAAGCCUUGUCUGCCUUGGUUUUUGACAUUUGUUCACGGAAGUUUCCAGUGAUGGCUAUGAGGCAGACUCCGCUCACUUGCUCCGGGCACACCAGACCUGUGGUAGAUCUGGCCUUCAGUGGGAUAACUCCCUAUGGAUACUUCUUGAUAAGUGCCUGUAAAGAUGGCAAACCUAUGUUGCGCCAGGGAGACACAGGGGACUGGAUCGGGACGUUCCUGGGUCACAAAGGCGCUGUUUGGGGAGCCACUUUGAACAAAGAGGCCACCAAGGCAGCUACUGCAGCGGCAGACUUUUCAGCUAAGGUGUGGGAUGCAGUGACCGGCGAAGAAGUUCUCACGCUGGCACACAAGCAUAUUGUCAAGACCGUGGACUUCACUCAGGACAGUAACAGUCUGCUAACUGCAGGGAAUGAUAAAUUGUUGCGUAUUUAUGAUCUCAACAAGCCUGAAGCAGAACCUCAAGAGAUCUCAGGGCACACGUCGGCUAUUAAGAAAGCGCUCUGGUGCAACAAUGACCAACAGAUCCUUUCUGCAGCAGACGACAAAACUAUACGCCUUUGGGAUAAGACCUCCAGCGAGGCCGUGAAAACCCUGACCUUUGACCAGGCUGUCAGUAGCAUGGAGUACAUCCCCGACGGAGAGAUCCUUGUCAUCACCUACGGCAAGACGGUGGCUUUCUACAACGCCCACAGUUUGGACCUCAUUAAGACUGUAGACGCUCCAACAUCCAUCCACUCGGCCUCUCUGCACCCCGACAAGGACUACUUUGUAGCAGGCGGCGAUGACUUCAAGCUCUACAAAUAUGACUACACCACCAAAGAGGAGAUGGAGUCCUAUAAAGGCCACUUUGGGCCAGUGCACUGUGUGCGGUUCAGCCCAGACGGGGAGCUCUAUGCCAGCGGCUCAGAAGACGGCACACUCCGCCUGUGGCAGACCGCCGUGGGCAAGACCUACGGCCUCUGGAAGUGUGUCCUGCCUGCUUGUACAACAGAGGAGCUGGCGUCUGAGAACUCUGAUGCUAUCUACUGCCCUCCUGAGAUCAAGGCCUGAUGAACGCCACCUGCCGGGACACAGACGGACGAAUGAAGAAAGAAAGGAAGUCUGAAAGAGAGGAAGGGAUGGAGAGAGGGAGGGAAAGAGAGAUGACUGGAUCAAAUGGGUGGAUCGGAGAGGCCAGGGUUCCAUUUAAAAGACCAGAUUGUGCCCACCCACCCCACCCCCUCUUACAAUCCCCUGCAAAGGUGCUGUGCCACCCGACUACACCAGGGACUGACGACAGGUGGAGCAGGGACUACUUGGGAAAGAUUUCACACACAUAUACACACACAUAUAUACACACACACACACAGAGGAGGGAAGCAGUAGACCUGUGAGGGCGGUAUUUUCACAGCUGCCUGCUUCCUGUCCAACGGUCACACUCCAUCCUUAGCCAUGUCCCUUUCAUAGCUACCC